GGGCCCACGAAACUCCUCGGGCGGCAGCGAUGGCGGCUGCGUCGGGUUCAAUUCGCGUGCAGCGUUGCAUGGUGUCGCCAGCUGGGAGGCACAGCGCCUCGCUGAUCUUCCUGCACGGCUCAGGUGAUUCUGGACAAGGACUGAGAACAUGGAUCAAGCAGGUUUUAAAUCAAGAUUUAACAUUCCAGCACAUAAAAAUUAUUUAUCCAACAGCUCCUCCCAGGCCAUAUACUCCUAUGAAAGGAGGAAUCUCCAAUGUAUGGUUUGACAGAUUUAAAAUAUCUAAUGACUGCCCAGAACACCUUGAAUCAAUCAAUGCAAUGUGUAAAGUGCUCACAGAUUUGAUUGAUGAUGAAGUAAAAAGUGGCAUCAAGAAGAAUAGAAUAUUAGUAGGAGGAUUUUCUAUGGGAGGGUGCAUGGCAAUGCAUUUAGUGUACAGAAAUCAUCAAGAUGUGGCAGGAGUAUUUGCUCUUUCUAGUUUUCUGAAUAAAACAUCUGCUGUGUACCAGGCUCUUCAGGAAAGUGAUGGUGUACUCCCUGAAUUAUUCCAGUGUCACGGCACUGCAGAUGAGUUAGUUCCUCAUUCUUGGGGUGAAGAGACAAACUCCGUGUUAAAGUCCCUAAGAGUGAGCACGAAGUUUCAUAGUCUCCCAGGUGUUUACCAUGAGCUAAGCAAAGCUGAGCUAGAAAAACUGAAGUCAUGGAUACUUCAAAAGCUUCCAGGAGAAAUGGAGAAGCAAAAUGAAUGAAUCAAGAUUGAUUUGUUGACCUACCUGUAAUGUCUUUGUGAAAAGUGGUUUUUACUGCCAAAUUAUGCUUUGAUAAGUGAUAAUUAAAAUAUUAUUAUCAGUAAACAAUAUCAAGUUUACUGACUUAUUUACUGGUUAUUGAAAUGCUUAGCACCACAGAGAGUAGCAUCAUCUUAUUCAUGGUAAAUAUUAAUUUAGACAGACAUCUGUGUGUUAUUUUUCAGAUACAUUUGUAAAUAUUUGGAGACCUUUUAAGUAAUUAAAUGAUUAAAUUUUAAAAAUAAUGUAAAGUUGGUUUAAGUAAGAGCAAUGAGAAAACAUGAAAAGGCUUAACAUGGCAUUUUAUUUACAAGUGUCCUAUUUUGUUUCCAAAUAUUCAGGAAUAUUUUAGAUGUGUUUAUUAUCGAUUCCUUAUUUAAAUCCAUUGUGGCCAGAGAGCAUAUUUUGUGUUACUGUUUUAUCUGUAUUCAUGAAGGUUAUUGGCUUGAAGUUUUGCUAUUUAAUUUGUUUUGUACAUUUUUUGGUCUGGUUUUGGUAUCAGGGUAAUACUGACCUCAUAAAAUGAAUUGGGAGGUGUUUUCUCCUCUUCUGUUUUUUUGGGAGAAAUUGUAUAGAAUUGGCAUUAAUUUUUACUUUAAAUUUUUGUUGAAAUUCUGUAGUGAAACCUUCUGGGCCUGGAGAUUUCUUUUAUCUCUUGACAGUGUACCUACAAGUUUAUUAUAAACACCUCACACUUAGUACAAGAACCUUCCAUUUUCCCCUUCCUGGUCUUUAUGCUAUUUUUCACACUUUACUUAUAAAUAGCAUGUACCAUAAAUCUCACAACACAUUACUACUCUCUUAUUUAAAGUCAGCUUUCCUUUAAAUCAACCUAAAUAAUGACGAAAAAAUCUUAUAUAUAUACCUGUGUAGUUACCACUUCCAGUGCUCUGCAGUUAUUUUGUGCUGAUACGUCUUUCUGGUAUCCUUUUCAUUCUGCCUGAAGGACAUGCUUUAAAUAAUUCCGGUACAAAUCUGCUGGCAAUGGAUCCUUUCAGCUUAUAUGUCUAGGAAAGCCUACAUUUUGCAUUAGUUUUGAAAAGAUACUUUCACUGGGUAUGAAAUUCUGGCUUAACAUUUUUUUCUUCAGUAUUUUAACUUUUUUUUUUUAAUGUUUAUUUUUGAGAGACAGAGAGAGAGACAG